UUGCGCUCUGGUAGCCUGAAACGCCAUCUUAACUAAAAAGGGGGUUUAAACAGGGAUAAAUCAGGAAAGGGGGCAUUCAUUGGAGGAGAUAACCCCUUAUUUUCGUGUAUGUUUUAAAUCCUCGGGUCGCUUUGGAACAACAUGUUACUAGUCAUGGUUUUAGGAGUUUGUAACACCAAAUAAAUGCGCAUACGAGAGGAAAUCGGCAAGACACUUAUUAGCUUCUAGCAACCUAGCAAGGGGGAGGGGCGGGGUAGUAGGAUUUUUUUUCCACAGCCGAAGUUGUUUGUUUAUGUUAUUCCAAACGGAUAUGUCCUCUUCAAACCCAGAGUUACCAGACCCAAAUCUGGGUAUGGGGGCAAGUGGGGCUCAAGCAAGUAGUGGAGGGGCUGCUGUUGUACCAAAAGGGACCAACAAAAGAAGAGCUGCGCCAGACUUUGACGAUGAAGAUGAUGAAGGCAACAAGUUGUUCAGGUGUGACGAUGAAGGAGGUUCCAGCAAUGACAAAGAACGCUUUGCCAGGGAGAACCACAGUGAGAUUGAAAGGCGGAGGCGGAACAAGAUGACUGCCUACAUUACCGAAUUGUCAGACAUGGUGCCUACCUGCAGUGCACUAGCACGGAAACCAGACAAACUAACCAUCCUACGAAUGGCUGUGUCCCAUAUGAAGUCUCUGAGAGGAAGUGGCAAUACCAAUGCAGAUGGGUCAUACAAACCUUCCUUUCUCACUGACCAGGAACUCAAGCACCUCAUACUGGAGGCGGCUGACGGCUUCCUGUUCGUGGUGUCAUGUGAGACUGGUCGCAUUGUUUACGUCUCUGACUCCCUGACACCCGUCCUCAACCAGUCGCAGUCUGAAUGGCUCGGCUCCUCUCUUUAUGACCAGCUCCACCCAGAUGACACAGAAAAGCUCAGGGAGCAGCUCUCUACUGCCGAGAAUAGCAACACAGGGAGGAUGUUAGACUUAAAGACGGGAACAGUGAAGAAGGAAGGCCAGCAGUCAUCAGCCAGAAUGAGUAUGGGAGCCCGUAGAUCAUUCAUCUGCAGAAUGAGGUGUGGCUCUUGUCCAGUGGAACCAAUUUCCAUGAACAGACUAAACUUCCUUAGGAUUAGGAACAGGAAUGGUUUGGGUGUAGCCAAGGAAGGGGAGCCCCAGUAUGUAGUGGUCCACUGUACAGGAUACGUCAAGUCCUGGCCCCCUGCAGGAGUAUCAUUAACAGACGAUGAAGCAGACAACACUCAGGGGAGUCGCUACUGUCUAGUUGCCAUCGGUAGAUUACAGGUGACUUGUUGCCCAGGUGACACAGACAUCAACAGUAUCAGUGUUCCAGUGGAGUUCAUCUCACGGCAUAAUUGCCAGGGCAUGUUCACCUUCGUAGACCACCGCUGCAUGGCUGCUGUCGGCUACCAGCCCCAGGAUUUACUGGGAAAGAAUAUUCUCGAGUUUGCCCACCCUGAAGACCAGGGCUUACUGAGAGACAGCUUCCAACAGGUGGUGAAGCUAAAGGGCCAGGUCCUGUCAGUGAUGUUUCGGUUUCGCACUAAAUCAAGAGAAUGGAUAUGGAUGAGAACCAGCUCCUUCACCUUCCAGAACCCAUUUUCAGAGGAGAUUGAGUAUAUCAUUUGUACCAACGUCAAUGUCAAAAACUCGACUCAGGACCCCCUCACUCCCAUCUCCUCCCCAGGGGGUUCCCUGCCCCCCUCCCUGGGUCAGAGCAGCCCAAACUGCACUCCUGUAGUGCUCAGCCCUGGGCAGGUGGCCACCAGGCAGUUACAGCAGCAGCAGCAGAACGAUCUAGAGGGAGGUGGAACCAGAGACGGCCUGUAUGAGGCAGGACCAAUCACCCUCUCACAGAUGCCGGUGCAGCCAGUGACUGCGGCAGGGCCGGACCACAGCAAGAGCCUUGAGAAGCCAGAGCUCUACCCCUCCCUUUUUCAAGGCCCAGAUCAGACCAAGGGUCUGCCCUCCACCCCGACUCCCUCCACACAGAUCUACCCUCCAGCCAACAACUUCACUGCUGGUCAUUCCAAUGAUGCAUACAGGCCAGGCAAUAUGACUCCACAGAUAACUCCACAGGUGGCACAGCCAGCCCACUCAGCAGGGCAGAUGCUGGCUCAGAUGUCUCGUCAGAAUGGAGCGCCGCACUCAGUUGCCCCCUCCAGCACUGCCAGCCCCCUCCAUGGAGGACCAGCAAGAGGAGGAUGGCCUGGAGCUGGAGCUAGACCACAGUUUAAUAACCAGUUACACUCUAACCAGCAGGUGGCUCCCCAGGCGGCAAAGACCAUGUCUCCACCGUUUGCUCCCAUGGGAGGAUUUGGAGGUGGCUCUUCAAACUCUUUUGGCCAGAUGCCUACAGGUGCUGCUCCCACUCCAAGCAGUGGUGCCAACUAUCCGCCCAUUAAUGCACGUGCCACCCUCAACACCAAUGGUUAUGAUGCCUCUCAGUCUGGGGCACAGUUCCCCUCUCGAGCGACGGAGGCAGUGUGGCCCCAAUGGCAAGGCCAGCAGCACUCACAGAGUAAUGCCGAGCAGCAUCCUCAUGCUCAGGGCAACCAGCAAGACAUGUUUCCUGAUGUGUUGUCUAUGCUGGACCAGCCUGCCAACUUCAACAGUGAUGAGAGCUAUGAGAUUUCCAUCUUCCCUCCAUUUAACGAGUGACCUGGUCAAUACUUCUCCACUGGUCUACCCUUUUGUCUUGACAGUUUUUGCCCUCAACCUUUCUUAUAUUUAGCUUUUCUGCUCCUCUUCCCGCUCCUGAGAGUAGCUCUUUUCUCUUGCUUUGCAUGACUUAAAUUGCACUGCCACACGCCAGUUAAAGAUGGAGGGAUAUAUCUGACUGCAGAUAUAUAGAGAAGGAAAAUCAAGGAUUUUCUACUGACUAAAAGAUGAGUAUUUUGACUAUUUCAGCCAUUGUAAGAGAAUUCUCUAGCUAGCACUGCCCAAAGCUCAACUAUAUAUAUAUAUAUAUAUAUAUAUAUAUAUAUAUAUAUAUAUAUAUAUAUAUAUAUAUAUAUAUAUAUAUAUAUAAAAAUAAUAUGCGCGCACAGUCACACAUCCACACUUGAAUAGACUGCACAAAAACACUGUUACGCUCUGGUAACCAUCACAGGAAGUAAAAUCACACAUAAAGGCCUUUUAUUAAUAUGUUCCUAGUUUUACUCAGGCGUUGAUGAGGAUUUUUUUUUUUUCUGUGUCACCCUUUUGCAUGUAGACUAAUAACUUCAAUCGUUUAUUCAAACUCUCAGGAAAUUGCAGGGAUAUACAGCUUUGAUGAUUAAAAAUAUAUAUAUAUUCUCAGCUGUUGCACGCAAACUACCACUGUCUGUGCUCACCCCUCACAGUUUUAAACCCACAGCAUGUUUCUGCAUGUCAGUACUGCUUUCAUGGGGCGCUUCUACAAUGUGUAGAUUUAUACUAAGUGCAGUUUUCUAUGUACAUUGGUGGUUUCACCUAUAAAUCUAAUUGUUUCAUUUUUCUCUUGAGGAACAUGAAAGGUUUUUUCCUUCAUUGAAUGAUUAUAACAGACACGCAGUGUCACAGUGGCUACAUACUGUUUGUCUAGGUGCCCGGUGGAAAUGUAUACCAUUUAUUUUUCUUUGCCAUACAUAUUUACAGUACGCGUGUGUAUGUAUGUAAAUGGAUGUGUACAGUAUCAUUGUGAACAUUAACACAGUGGAAGGGGUUCUGACUUGAUAUUCUUCUUUCUGUCGCCCUGCUUUACCCUGUACCAAGUAUGGGCUUUUUGUAAUGCUUUUUGUAAAAGAAAUACAAAAAAAGAAAUAACACAGCAAUAAUUAACAAGCAGGAAUUGUGUACUUUUAAAGCCAUUCUUUAUUGUUGUCAUAAAUGUUGUCCUUAAUUGAUGUUUUUAAAUGGAGAGACGUGGUAGUGAUGUUUGAUUUAAUUGAAAUGUUUCCAGUAUUUUAUUAUUAUGAAACUUUUGAUGAUCUCUUGGCCUCUCCAUUGCUCUUUUCUGAUUGGUAUUCAGGAUUUAAGUGGAAUAAUGAGAACUAAAAACAAUAUGAUCUACAGGUGAGAAAACCUAGAAUGCUCCAAUGAGAUUCCCCAAAAGUUUUUUUUUGUGUGUGUGGGUUUUGUCUUGUUUAUGUAAAAAACAUUUUGAUUUGGACUGAAUCCUUGCCAAGAUCCAAUCACUUUUUUGUUAUAAGUUUGUACUGUAGAAGAAUGUUGUGGGAUAAAACAUAAUGCUUCUAAAAUAUUUUAAUUUUUAAUAUGUGGAAUAAGUUUAAAUUUGACCCUUUUUAUUACAGUUUUCAUUGUCUGUGUGUAACACUCACACACUCAUGGUGACUAAUUGCAUGUAAACCCAUGCUGGUGAUUGUCCAGUUUUCAUUUUCAAGAGGGUGGUAUCAUGUUGGUGACUGUGUUGUCUUUUUAUUGUCAAAACAUUUUUGGUUGCUCUGCAACCAGGUUUUUUUUUUUUCCAAUGAUGUGAACUUUUAUCACUCAUAAAA